AUGCCAGUGAUCAACAUUGAAGACCUGACAGAGAAGGACAAGUUGAAGAUGGAAGUGGAUCAGCUCAAGAAGGAAGUGACCCUGGAAAGAAUGCUGGUAUCUAAAUGCUGUGAAGAAGUAAGAGACUAUGUUGAAGAAAGAUCCGGGGAGGACCCGCUAGUCAAAGGUGUCCCCGAGGACAAAAAUCCCUUCAAGGAGCUCAAAGGAGGCUGCGUUAUUUCCUAAGAGAAAAAAAAAAUCUUCAAUUUUAAUGACUAUGUAAAGUUUCCUCUAUGUAAUAAAACUAUUGAGCAGGUACAUGUAUUUUUAAAUUUAUAAAAAUAAGCUUUUCAUGAA